AUGGAGGUAAACCAAAAAAGUUUUGGAAAAUUUUUUUGGAAAAUUUUGUUUGAUUUAAUUACUUUGGAAAACUUAUUUGUAGGGAAUAUUUCCCAAAAAUUUUUAAGGAAUUUUUGGGAAAUAUUAUUUUUGGGUAGAAGAAAGCGCAUAACAUGGGAGAGCAGAAUCAAGAGUGAUGAACUCAACGGAGGACUCAAAAUCUUCCAUGGUGAAGAAGAGAACUCGGAAGAAAGUCGUCCUGAAACCCAGACUGGAUUCCAGAGGAUUUUUCAAACCCAUAAUAAAUUGCAGAGUUUAGCUGAUUUGGUUAUGUGGAGAGAUGUCUCAAAAUCAGCAUUCAUGUUCGGUAUUGGAACAUUUAUCAUAAUUGCAUCAUCUUACACCAAAGAUAUCAAUAUCAGCUUCAUAACUGCGGUUUCUUAUCUGGGUCUUGUCUAUCUUGCUGCAAUCUUCUUAUUCAAAUCCAUUAUUUGCAGGGGAGUUAUAGGAGGAGAUGAUACAAACCAAGACUACAUUGUUGGGGAAGAAGAGGCAGUAUGGUUAGUAAAAAUGAUUCUUCCUUAUUUGAAUGAGUUUCUUCUAAAGUUCAGAACCCUUUUUUGUGGAGAUCCUGCCACUACAAUGAAGUUGGCAAUCAUGCUGUUUGUUUUGGCGAAGUUUGGCAGCACCAUAACUAUUUGGAAGAUGGCCAAAUUGGGGUUUUUUGGAGUAUUCAGCUUACCAAAGAUAUGCUCAUCCUAUUCCAGUGACCCUAGUGUACUCAUUACAAGAGAAACUAGACAGAGAGAGAGAGAGAGUUAUAAGGAAAUGGAGCUGGGUAGAAGAAAGCGCACAACAAGAAAUGGUGUGGUGACAGGUUCUGUUUGGGAGAGCAGAAUGAAGAGUGAUGAAGUCAAAGGAGGAAUCAAAGUCUUCAAUGGUGAAGAAGAGAACUCAAAAUUGGUUUCAAAUAAAUCUUUGGAUGGUCCAAGCAAAAAUUUAGAUGGGUUGGGUGAUGGAACUGGGAGGAAUUCAUUUGAAUUGAAGGUGGCGAAACCGGAGUUGAACGAGGCUUUUGUUGAGUCUGUUGUGGCAAUUGAGAAGAGCCCAGUUGGAAUUGCGGAGACUAGAUCUGAUGAAACUAGAGAGAGAGAGAGAGAGAGUUAUAAGGAAAUGGAGGUAGGUAGAAGAAAGCGCAUAACAUGGGAGAGCAGAAUAAAGAGUGAUGAACUCAACGGAGGACUCAAAAUCUUGUAUGGUGAAGAAGAGAACUCAGAAGAGAGUGGUGACAAAAGUUUGAGACCAAAACCAAGUCCUAUUGGGGACAGUGGCAAGAGGAAGACAUGGAAAUCUGAGAAUUUUGAUGGUCUUGGGAGAAGCCCAAUUCAGAUUGCAAGGCAAAGAUCUGAAAUAAACAAGAAUUUGGAUGUACAAUGUAAGGAGUCGAGUGUAUCUACUAAUGGAAUCAAGAAAAACCCAGUUCAGUCAAAGAAAUCAAGAUCUGAGCAACUAAGUGUGUCUGUUAAUGGAAUUGAGAGAAGCCCAAUUCACAAAAUGAAGACAAGAUCUAAGGAAUCUAAGGAGUUAAAUGUGUUUGUUGAAAGAACUGAGAGAAAGCUAAAUCAGGUUAGGAAGGCAAACUCUGAAUCCCAGAAGUUAGUUGGUGAAUCUGAUGAUGGAAACGAGAGGAAUUUAGUUCAAUUGAGGAAAGUGAAGCCAGAGUCCAACAAGGCUUUGGAUGAAUCCGUAGAUACAAAAGCAAAAUUGGUUUCAAAUAAAUCUUCGGAUGGUCCAAGCAAAAAUUUAGAUGGGUUGGGUGAUGGAACUGGGAGGAAUUCAUUUGGAUUGAAGGUGGCGAAACCGGAGUCGAACGAGGCUUUUGUUGAGUUUGUUGUGGCAAUUGAGAAGAGCCCAGUUGGAAUUGCGGAGACUAGAUCUGAUGAAACUAGAGAGAGAGAGAGAGAGGGUUAUAAGGAAAUGGAGGUGGGUAGAAGAAAGCGCAUGACAUGGGAGAGCAGAAUAAAGAGUGAUGAACUCAACGGAGGACUCAAAAUCUUCCAUGGUGAAGAAGAGAACUCAGAAGAGAGUGGUGACAAAAGUUUGAGACCAAAAUCAAGUCCUAUUGGGGUCAGUGGCAAGAGGAAGACAUGGAAAUCUGAGAAUUCUGAUGGGCUUGAGAGAAGCCCAAUUCAGAUUGCAAGGCAAAGAUCUGAAAUAAACAAGAAUUUGGAUGAACAGUGUAAGGAGUCGAGUGUAUCUACUGAUGGAAUCAAGAAAAACCCAGUUCAGUCAAAGAAAUCAAGAUCUGAGCAACUAAGCGUGUUUGUUAAUGGAAUUGAGAGAAGCCCAAUUCACAAAAUGAAGACAAGAUCUAAGGAAUCUAAGGAGUUAAAUGUGUUUGUUGAAAGAACUGAGAGAAAGCUAAAUCAGGUUAGGAAGGCAAACUCUGAAUCCCAGAAGUUAGUUGGUGAAUCUGAUGAUGGAAACGAGAGGAAUUUAGUUCAAUUGAGGAAAGUGAAGCCAGAGUCCAACAAGGCUUUGGAUGAAUCCGUAGAUACAAAAGCAAAAUUGGUUUCAAAUAAAUCUUCGGAUGGUCCAAGCAAAAAUUUAGAUGGGUUGGGUGAUGGAACUGGGAGGAAUUCAUUUGAAUUGAAGGUGGCGAAACCGGAGUCGAACGAGGCUUUUGUUGAGUCUGUUGUGGCAAUUGAGAAGAGCCCAGUUGGAAUUGCGGAGACUAGAUCUGAUGAAACUAGAGAGAGAGAGAGAGAGAGUUAUAAGGAAAUGGAGGUGGGUAGAAGAAAGCGCAUAACAUGGGAGAGCAGAAUAAAGAGUGAUGAACUCAACGGAGGACUCAAAAUCUUCUAUGGUGAAGAAGAGAACUCAGAAGAGAGUGGUGACAAAAGUUUGAGACCAAAACCAAGUCCUAUUGGGGUCAGUGGCAAGAGGAAGACAUGGAAAUCUGAGAAUUCUGAUGGGCUUGAGAGAAGCCCAAUUCAGAUUGCAAGGCAAAGAUCUGAAAUAAACAAGAAUUUGGAUGUACAGUGUAAGGAGUCGAGUGUAUCUACUGAUGGAAUCAAGAAAAACCCAGUUCAGUCAAAGAAAUCAAGAUCUGAGCAACUAAGUGUGUCUGUUAAUGGAAUUGAGAGAAGCCCAAAUCACAAAAUGAAGACAAGAUCUAAGGAAUCUAAGGAGUUAAAUGUGUUUGUUGAAAGAACUGAGAGAAAGCUAAAUCAGGUUAGGAAGGCAAACUCUGAAUCCCAGAAGUUAGUUGGUGAAUCUGAUGAUGGAAACGAGAGGAAUUUAGUUCAAUUGAGGAAAGUGAAGCCAGAGUCCAACAAGGCUUUGGAUGAAUCCGUAGAUACAAAAGCAAAAUUGGUUUCAAAUAAAUCUUCGGAUGGUCCAAGCAAAAAUUUAGAUGGGUUGGGUGAUGGAACUGGGAGGAAUUCAUUUGAAUUGAAGGUGGCGAAACCGGAGUCGAACGAGGCUUUUGUUGAGUUUGUUGUGGCAAUUGAGAAGAGCCCAGUUGGAAUUGCGGAGACUAGAUCUGAUGAAACUAGAGAGAGAGAGAGAGAGAGUUAUAAGGAAAUGGAGGUGGGUAGAAGAAAGCGCAUAACAUGGGAGAGCAGAAUAAAGAGUGAUGAACUCAACGGAGGACUCAAAAUCUUCCAUGGUGAAGAAGAGAACUCAGAAGAGAGUGGUGACAAAAGUUUGAGACCAAAACCAAGUCCUAUUGGGGUCAGUGGCAAGAGGAAGACAUGGAAAUCUGAGAAUUCUGAUGGGCUUGAGAGAAGCCCAAUUCAGAUUGCAAGGCAAAGAUCUGAAAUAAACAAGAAUUUGGAUGUACAGUGUAAGGAGUCGAGUGUAUCUACUGAUGGAAUCAAGAAAAACCCAGUUCAGUCAAAGAAAUCAAGAUCUGAGCAACUAAGUGUGUCUGUUAAUGGAAUUGAGAGAAGCCCAAAUCACAAAAUGAAGACAAGAUCUAAGGAAUCUAAGGAGUUAAAUGUGUUUGUUGAAAGAACUGAGAGAAAGCUAAAUCAGGUUAGGAAGGCAAACUCUGAAUCCCAGAAGUUAGUUGGUGAAUCUGAUGAUGGAAACGAGAGGAAUUUAGUUCAAUUGAGGAAAGUGAAGCCAGAGUCCAACAAGGCUUUGGAUGAAUCCGUAGAUACAAAAGCAAAAUUGGUUUCAAAUAAAUCUUCGGAUGGUCCAAGCAAAAAUUUAGAUGGGUUGGGUGAUGGAACUGGGAGGAAUUCAUUUGAAUUGAAGGUGGCGAAACCGGAGUCGAACGAGGCUUUUGUUGAGUUUGUUGUGGCAAUUGAGAAGAGCCCAGUUGGAAUUGCGGAGACUAGAUCUGAUGAAACUAGAGAGAGAGAGAGAGAGAGUUAUAAGGAAAUGGAGGUGGGUAGAAGAAAGCGCAUAACAUGGGAGAGCAGAAUAAAGAGUGAUGAACUCAACGGAGGACUCAAAAUCUUCCAUGGUGAAGAAGAGAACUCAGAAGAGAGUGGUGACAAAAGUUUGAGACCAAAACCAAGUCCUAUUGGGGUCAGUGGCAAGAGGAAGACAUGGAAAUCUGAGAAUUCUGAUGGGCUUGAGAGAAGCCCAAUUCAGAUUGCAAGGCAAAGAUCUGAAAUAAACAAGAAUUUGGAUGUACAGUGUAAGGAGUCGAGUGUAUCUACUGAUGGAAUCAAGAAAAACCCAGUUCAGUCAAAGAAAUCAAGAUCUGAGCAACUAAGUGUGUCUGUUAAUGGAAUUGAGAGAAGCCCAAAUCACAAAAUGAAGACAAGAUCUAAGGAAUCUAAGGAGUUAAAUGUGUUUGUUGAAAGAACUGAGAGAAAGCUAAAUCAGGUUAGGAAGGCAAACUCUGAAUCCCAGAAGUUAGUUGGUGAAUCUGAUGAUGGAAACGAGAGGAAUUUAGUUCAAUUGAGGAAAGUGAAGCCAGAGUCCAACAAGGCUUUGGAUGAAUCCGUAGAUACAAAAGCAAAAUUGGUUUCAAAUAAAUCUUCGGAUGGUCCAAGCAAAAAUUUAGAUGGGUUGGGUGAUGGAACUGGGAGGAAUUCAUUUGAAUUGAAGGUGGCGAAACCGGAGUCGAACGAGGCUUUUGUUGAGUUUGUUGUGGCAAUUGAGAAGAGCCCAGUUGGAAUUGCGGAGACUAGAUCUGAUGAAACUAGAGAGAGAGAGAGAGAGAGUUAUAAGGAAAUGGAGGUGGGUAGAAGAAAGCGCAUAACAUGGGAGAGCAGAAUAAAGAGUGAUGAACUCAACGGAGGACUCAAAAUCUUCCAUGGUGAAGAAGAGAACUCAGAAGAGAGUGGUGACAAAAGUUUGAGACCAAAACCAAGUCCUAUUGGGGUCAGUGGCAAGAGGAAGACAUGGAAAUCUGAGAAUUCUGAUGGGCUUGAGAGAAGCCCAAUUCAGAUUGCAAGGCAAAGAUCUGAAAUAAACAAGAAUUUGGAUGUACAGUGUAAGGAGUCGAGUGUAUCUACUGAUGGAAUCAAGAAAAACCCAGUUCAGUCAAAGAAAUCAAGAUCUGAGCAACUAAGCGUGUUUGUUAAUGGAAUUGAGAGAAGCCCAAUUCACAAAAUGAAGACAAGAUCUAAGGAAUCUAAGGAGUUAAAUGUGUUUGUUGAAAGAACUGAGAGAAAGCUAAAUCAGGUUAGGAAGGCAAACUCUGAAUCCCAGAAGUUAGUUGGUGAAUCUGAUGAUGGAAACGAGAGGAAUUUAGUUCAAUUGAGGAAAGUGAAGCCAGAGUCCAACAAGGCUUUGGAUGAAUCCGUAGAUACAAAAGCAAAAUUGGUUUCAAAUAAAUCUUCGGAUGGUCCAAGCAAAAAUUUAGAUGGGUUGGGUGAUGGAACUGGGAGGAAUUCAUUUGAAUUGAAGGUGGCGAAACCGGAGUCGAACGAGGCUUUUGUUGAGUUUGUUGUGGCAAUUGAGAAGAGCCCAGUUGGAAUUGCGGAGACUAGAUCUGAUGAAACUAGAGAGAGAGAGAGAGAGAGUUAUAAGGAAAUGGAGGUGGGUAGAAGAAAGCGCAUAACAUGGGAGAGCAGAAUAAAGAGUGAUGAACUCAACGGAGGACUCAAAAUCUUCCAUGGUGAAGAAGAGAACUCAGAAGAGAGUGGUGACAAAAGUUUGAGACCAAAACCAAGUCCUAUUGGGGUCAGUGGCAAGAGGAAGACAUGGAAAUCUGAGAAUUCUGAUGGGCUUGAGAGAAGCCCAAUUCAGAUUGCAAGGCAAAGAUCUGAAAUAAACAAGAAUUUGGAUGUACAGUGUAAGGAGUCGAGUGUAUCUACUGAUGGAAUCAAGAAAAACCCAGUUCAGUCAAAGAAAUCAAGAUCUGAGCAACUAAGCGUGUUUGUUAAUGGAAUUGAGAGAAGCCCAAUUCACAAAAUGAAGACAAGAUCUAAGGAAUCUAAGGAGUUAAAUGUGUUUGUUGAAAGAACUGAGAGAAAGCUAAAUCAGGUUAGGAAGGCAAACUCUGAAUCCCAGAAGUUAGUUGGUGAAUCUGAUGAUGGAAACGAGAGGAAUUUAGUUCAAUUGAGGAAAGUGAAGCCAGAGUCCAACAAGGCUUUGGAUGAAUCCGUAGAUACAAAAGCAAAAUUGGUUUCAAAUAAAUCUUCGGAUGGUCCAAGCAAAAAUUUAGAUGGGUUGGGUGAUGGAACUGGGAGGAAUUCAUUUGAAUUGAAGGUGGCGAAACCGGAGUCGAACGAGGCUUUUGUUGAGUUUGUUGUGGCAAUUGAGAAGAGCCCAGUUGGAAUUGCGGAGACUAGAUCUGAUGAAACUAGAGAGAGAGAGAGAGAGAGUUAUAAGGAAAUGGAGGUGGGUAGAAGAAAGCGCAUAACAUGGGAGAGCAGAAUAAAGAGUGAUGAACUCAACGGAGGACUCAAAAUCUUCCAUGGUGAAGAAGAGAACUCAGAAGAGAGUGGUGACAAAAGUUUGAGACCAAAACCAAGUCCUAUUGGGGUCAGUGGCAAGAGGAAGACAUGGAAAUCUGAGAAUUCUGAUGGGCUUGAGAGAAGCCCAAUUCAGAUUGCAAGGCAAAGAUCUGAAAUAAACAAGAAUUUGGAUGUACAGUGUAAGGAGUCGAGUGUAUCUACUGAUGGAAUCAAGAAAAACCCAGUUCAGUCAAAGAAAUCAAGAUCUGAGCAACUAAGCGUGUUUGUUAAUGGAAUUGAGAGAAGCCCAAUUCACAAAAUGAAGACAAGAUCUAAGGAAUCUAAGGAGUUAAAUGUGUUUGUUGAAAGAACUGAGAGAAACCCAAAUCAGGCUAGGAAGGCAAAGUCUGAAUCCCAGAAGUUAGUUGGUGAAUCUGAUGAUGGAAACGAGAGGAAUUUAGUUCAAUUGAGGAAAGUGAAGCCAGAGUCCAACAAGGCUUUGGAUGAAUCCGUAGAUACAAAAGCAAAAUUGGUUUCAAAUAAAUCUUCGGAUGGUCCAAGCAAAAAUUUAGAUGGGUUGGGUGAUGGAACUGGGAGGAAUUCAUUUGAAUUGAAGGUGGCGAAACCGGAGUCGAACGAGGCUUUUGUUGAGUUUGUUGUGGCAAUUGAGAAGAGCCCAGUUGGAAUUGCGGAGACUAGAUCUGAUGAAACUAGAGAGAGAGAGAGAGAGGGUUAUAAGGAAAUGGAGGUGGGUAGAAGAAAGCGCAUAACAUGGGAGAGCAGAAUAAAGAGUGAUGAACUCAACGGAGGACUCAAAAUCUUCCAUGGUGAAGAAGAGAACUCAGAAGAGAGUGGUGACAAAAGUUUGAGACCAAAACCAAGUCCUAUUGGGGUCAGUGGCAAGAGGAAGACAUGGAAAUCUGAGAAUUCUGAUGGGCUUGAGAGAAGCCCAAUUCAGAUUGCAAGGCAAAGAUCUGAAAUAAACAAGAAUUUGGAUGUACAGUGUAAGGAGUCGAGUGUAUCUACUGAUGGAAUCAAGAAAAACCCAGUUCAGUCAAAGAAAUCAAGAUCUGAGCAACUAAGUGUGUUUGUUAAUGGAAUUGAGAGAAGCCCAUUUCACAAAAUGAAGACAAGAUCUAAGGAAUCUAAGGAGUUAAAUGUGUUUGUUGAAAGAACUGAGAGAAACCCAAAUCAGGCUAGGAAGGCAAAGUCUGAAUCCCAGAAGUUAGUUGGUGAAUCUGAUGAUGGAAACGAGAGGAAUUUAGUUCAAUUGAGUAAAGUGAAGUCAGGGUCCACUAAGGCUUUGGAUGAAUCCGUAGAUACAAAAGCAAAAUUGGUUUCAAAUAAAUCUUCGGAUGGUCCAAGCAAAAAUUUAGAUGGGUUGGGUGAUGGAACUGGGAGGAAUUCAUUUGAAUUGAAGGUGGCGAAACCGGAGUCGAACGAGGCUUUUGUUGAGUUUGUUGUGGCAAUUGAGAAGAGCCCAGUUGGAAUUGCGGAGACUAGAUCUGAUGAAACUAGAGAGAGAGAGAGAGAGGGUUAUAAGGAAAUGGAGGUGGGUAGAAGAAAGCGCAUAACAUGGGAGAGCAGAAUAAAGAGUGAUGAACUCAACGGAGGACUCAAAAUCUUCCAUGGUGAAGAAGAGAACUCAGAAGAGAGUGGUGACAAAAGUUUGAGACCAAAACCAAGUCCUAUUGGGGUCAGUGGCAAGAGGAAGACAUGGAAAUCUGAGAAUUCUGAUGGGCUUGAGAGAAGCCCAAUUCAGAUUGCAAGGCAAAGAUCUGAAAUAAACAAGAAUUUGGAUGUACAGUGUAAGGAGUCGAGUGUAUCUACUGAUGGAAUCAAGAAAAACCCAGUUCAGUCAAAGAAAUCAAGAUCUGAGCAACUAAGUGUGUUUGUUAAUGGAAUUGAGAGAAGCCCAUUUCACAAAAUGAAGACAAGAUCUAAGGAAUCUAAGGAGUUAAAUGUGUUUGUUGAAAGAACUGAGAGAAACCCAAAUCAGGCUAGGAAGGCAAAGUCUGAAUCCCAGAAGUUAGUUGGUGAAUCUGAUGAUGGAAACGAGAGGAAUUUAGUUCAAUUGAGUAAAGUGAAGUCAGGGUCCACUAAGGCUUUGGAUGAAUCCGUAGAUACAAAAGCAAAAUUGGUUUCAAAUAAAUCUUCGGAUGGUCCAAGCAAAAAUUUAGAUGGGUUGGGUGAUGGAACUGGGAGGAAUUCAUUUGAAUUGAAGGUGGCGAAACCAGAGUCGAACGAGGCUUUUGUUGAGUUUGUUGUGGCAAUUGAGAAGAGCCCAGUUGGAAUUGCGGAGACUAGAUCUGAUGAAACUAGAGAGAGAGAGAGAGAGGGUUAUAAGGAAAUGGAGGUGGGUAGAAGAAAGCGCAUAACAUGGGAGAGCAGAAUAAAGAGUGAUGAACUCAACGGAGGACUCAAAAUCUUCCAUGGUGAAGAAGAGAACUCAGAAGAGAGUGGUGACAAAAGUUUGAGACCAAAACCAAGUCCUAUUGGGGUCAGUGGCAAGAGGAAGACAUGGAAAUCUGAGAAUUCUGAUGGGCUUGAGAGAAGCCCAAUUCAGAUUGCAAGGCAAAGAUCUGAAAUAAACAAGAAUUUGGAUGUACAGUGUAAGGAGUCGAGUGUAUCUACUGAUGGAAUCAAGAAAAACCCAGUUCAGUCAAAGAAAUCAAGAUCUGAGCAACUAAGUGUGUUUGUUAAUGGAAUUGAGAGAAGCCCAUUUCACAAAAUGAAGACAAGAUCUAAGGAAUCUAAGGAGUUAAAUGUGUUUGUUGAAAGAACUGAGAGAAACCCAAAUCAGGCUAGGAAGGCAAAGUCUGAAUCCCAGAAGUUAGUUGGUGAAUCUGAUGAUGGAAACGAGAGGAAUUUAGUUCAAUUGAGUAAAGUGAAGUCAGGGUCCACUAAGGCUUUGGAUGAAUCCGUAGAUACAAAAGCAAAAUUGGUUUCAAAUAAAUCUUCGGAUGGUCCAAGCAAAAAUUUAGAUGGGUUGGGUGAUGGAACUGGGAGGAAUUCAUUUGAAUUGAAGGUGGCAAAAUUGAUAUUAAAAUUUGAAUCUAUGGUAUAG